AUGACCAAGUGUAAACUACCACAGUCGGUUGGUAGCCUUGCUCUUAACUUCUUUCAUCCUCUUGAAAUUGAUUCGAACAACGAACGACUUUCUGCCUUGCAACGAGCAACUUCACGCCUUCUCGGCAAGAUAAAAACAGAAAAGCAAACUCCAUGCUUGCCUAGUCAUCAUCAACGUGAUCCAGCAAGCACGGGAAUGUGGGAAUUUGAUUAUUGCGCUUCAGAACUUUUGGAGUCUGGAAUUGAGUUUAAAGUUGGACCAAGCACCCAGCAAUAUUUAUUGGACAUAAAGUUCGAGGACGGGGUGAUUAUAAUUCCUCAGCUGCGCAUUCAUGAGACUACAAAUUCACUCUUGAGGAAUCUGAUUGCUUAUGAGCAAUGCUGUCUUCGGAGCACGCAUAGUAUUGAAGAUAUUUUGGAAGAUAUAGAUUAG